AUGUCCUGGGCGAUAGAACUAUCGGAGUACCAGAUCGCCUACAAACCAAGAACUGCCAUUAAGGCUCAAGCUUUGACAGACUUCAUCGCUGAAAUAACGCAAAGCCCUCCCCUUGAGAAUCAGGCAACAGAAACACCUUCAUCUGGAAUCUGUAAGUUAUAUGUUGACGGCUCUUCAAACGCCAAAGGAUCGAGCGCUGGGAUGAUAGUUGAAAACACAGACGGCGUAGCGCUCGAACACUCUCUGUCUUUUGACUUCAACGCCACAAAUAACCAAGUAGAAUAUGAAGCCAUGAUAGCCGGUCUGCUCCAAGCAAAAGAAAUGGACGCCAGACAUCUCAAAGUCUUCACAGACGCCCAGCUGGUAACCAUUCAAAUCUCAGGCGAAUACCAAACCAAAGGACCGCUAAUAUGCAGGUACCUAGAAAAGGUCAAAGAAUUAAUUGGAAGUUUCGAAGUCGUUGAAGUGGAGCAUAUAAGACGAGCUGAAAAUACCCGAGCAGAUAUCCUCGCCAAAUUGGCGAGCACCAAAAGCCCAGGAAACAACCGAUCAGUAAUCCAGCAUAACAUGUCAAGCCCAUGCAUUGUGAUGAGUAUUUCAAACCCGCCAGAGGAGGUAGCUGAAGAAACCUGGACAAUGCCAAUCAUCAACUACUUGGCAGAGGGAGUUUUGCCCCAGGAUAAAAAAGAAGGCCAAAAGAUAAUACGGCAAUGCACGCAUUUCUGCCUAGUGAAAGAGCGGUUGUAUAAACGGGGAUUCUCAACCCCACUCUUGAAAUGUUUGGUCCCUGAUGACAUUCAAUACGUGAUUGAAGAAAUUCAUGAAGGUAUUAACGACCACCACUUAGGCGGCCACUCACUGGUAAAGAAAGCAUUAAGAGCAGGGUUUUACUGGCCAACCAUGGAGCAUGAUGCCCACGAACAUGUCAAGAAAUGCGAAAAAUGCCAAAGAUUUGCUGAUAUACACAGAGCGCCACUAGAAGAGUUGACGUCAAUCACAUCACUAUGGCCUUUCUACAAAGGGAGAAUUGACAUCAUAGGCCCUUUCCCAUGGCGACUGGCCGAGUCCAAUGGCUGA